UUUUUACCUUUAGGACCCGACGGGACCUGAUGUUGUACUGAUGAACUACUCUACCAGGUGACACAAGCAGAUGUUAGUGGCUUAGGCAUGAACCAGCAGACUGGCAAGAACACAUUUGAGAGGAAUGUGCCUUACACACGUCUGGAUAACGAUAAUGACCUCAGGGGUAUAUAUGUAUUUGGAAAGAAAUUGGGUAAAGGCACAUUUGGGGUUGUCUAUGAAGCCACCCACAUAGAGACACAGACAGAAUGGGCGAUUAAGGAGAUCUGCAGACCAGAGCCAGGAAAUUCGCAGUUCAAGAUGUUGGAUCAGGAAAUGAACAUUCUCAAACAAGUGAAUCAUGCACACAUCAUACAUCUUAAGGAAAUCUUUGAAUCAGCAAAGAUGACAUAUCUGGUUUUUGAGCUGUGUGCUGGAGGUGAACUGAAGCAGCUUUUGAGAAGGAAGAAGUUCUUAACAGAAGAUGAUACAAGGCACAUCAUCCGCUGCUUAGCAGACGCUAUUGUCUACCUGCACCGGAGAGACAUAGUGCAUCGGGACUUAAAACUGGAGAACAUUCUGCUGAAAAACCCUCUUGAUGAUGGUCAUAAUGAUGAGAUCAUUAUCAAGGUGACAGACUUUGGAUUAUCAGUGAAGACAGACGGCGUUGGAAUUGAAAACAUAAUGACAGAAGUCUGUGGGACACUUACCUAUAUGGCUCCGGAAAUGAUGAGCGGUCGUGGUUACACCGAGUGGUGUGACGUGUGGAGCAUCGGUGUCAUCAUGUAUAUGCUGCUGUGUGGGAAGGCUCCAUUUGUGGCCAGUACCAAGGAAAAACUGCUCGAGAAAAUUAGGAAUGAGGGAGUCACAUUUUCUCAGCCAGUCUGGGAUACAGUCAGUGAUACAGCAAAAAAAGUCCUGACUUGCCUUCUAAAGGUGGACCCUGCCUACCGCAUGUCAGCUAAUCAGCUCCUGGAAAAUCCCUGGAUUACAGGUGACAUGACUCUGCCUGUGACACCAUCCAAUGUGCUGGACAUGAUGCGUCACUACCUAGAGGAGGAAGACGACACCCAGGCUGACGACAUGUUGGUCCUGCCCCUGGUCCCUAGUGAGUCCUCUACAGACAGGAAGUGCAGAAGCCUCACCAAGUUCAGCUCAAGAGGAGACAGCAGCCAGAGAGGCACACCCUCCUCCAGUCAGGACCAGCACAAAAAUGACACUGAAUCUAAGAGACUGCCUCAAGCCACCAACACGAAGUUUCCAUGUGGCGUUACACCCUCAAUGCAGCCAAGUGCAAGGCAGUGCAGGCUUCAGGACAAAAAGAACACCAGUACAGUUAAAAAAUCCGCCUCCAUCCCAGGUAAAGCAGGAGACCACAGACCUUCUACUUCGAAAACCCAUAGAACUGCCUCCCUCAAAUCACCUGACCAAUAACCCGUCUGACUGAGGGGUCAAUUAAAGAACCCCGAUUGUUUGGAAAAGGUGAAGGAGCACAGAGGCGGCUGAGCAAGGGAAUGUGAGCAAACACAAGAGGAAAACUUCACUGGAACUGGAGUUUAUUUGGUAUGACUUUAAUAUAAUUCUGGUCAUUCUUUGUGAUUCUGUGGUAGGACAGAAAAGUGAAUGUAAAUACUACAAAUGGUUCUACAUUUAUGAUGUUGACCUUAGGUUAAGCAGCGACUGUAAAGUCAAAAGAACAGGUGUGAAAAAAGUCCAAAAGGUCUCCGACCACUGCAGCUGAGGCCCUCACCUCAGCGCAGCCCGUGCCAAAGGAAGGAGUUCUCAUCUACGGUGUUUCCCUGAAUGGGGCAAAGCUGCUAGCUGUUAGCCAACUGUUUGAGAAUGCCAAGCAGCCCAAAUACAGACAGAUACUGCUCAGAUAUUACUGAUGGCAUCUGAUUAAAUGCUUUUGUAAUAAAGCUCUGAACUGCAGUCAGACGAGUAAAGGGAGUCACCCAAGAGAUUUGAGCACAGCACAGCUCAUCCCUUAUAAUAAAACAGUUAUUUAGUGAUUUACUUACUACCUAGCAGCAUAUCUUGUCAUUAUUAAUGUCACCUCUUUAUUAAAAUGCACUGUUCUUUUUCCACAUAGAAAGUAAUAGUCACUUGAAACUAAUUAAAUCUCUUAUGUAACAAGAAUGUUAAUUUAUUUCAUUGGGAAGAAUUUAUUAUUGGGUACAGGUUUACAGGGAUGUAAUAAUAUAAUCAGUGAACUAUGAGAUAUUUUAAAAAACAAAUGGAAAAAAAUUAAUUUCCACAGAAUUUGGAUAUGUGAUUACAACCUGUAGUGGGUUUUAAUUAUUUAAUAUUUUAAUAGCUGAGGGAUAUUUUAAACAGGUAGUGGUGUUUUUGUGUUUGUGUUAAAGCGUGCCAAAUAUCAUCACAGACAGAGAACAGUAUAAACACUGUAUAUAUUUUACAUUCACUACAACAGGAAAUCGUUUUGUCUGAUAAUUAUAUCCUAAUUUUAUUAGUACAUGCAGGAGAUUUUAUUGAAUAUUAUUUUACAACCCUGCAGUUAGCAAUAGGGAUUUUCUUUUUUCUCUUCUGACCUCUCAAUUCCAAAAUGCUUGACUGUACCCACUCAGUGUCAAAACAGAAAAACUGUCACACAGGCUGGUUACGCUCCAUCUGAAUGCAGAGGAUUGGGACCGAGGGCAGCCACGGGUCUAAUCUCGUUUGGAGGCCAUUGAAAGCAGUAGAAGCUACUUUGAGGGCACUGCCAUUCAAGCACAGGUUUUUCCGCUGUAGAGAGAAUAAUCCCCAGCAUAGAUACAACAUUAAAGUAGCCAAGCAUAACACACAGAGGCUGAAUUUCAAAUCCACCUAUUUGCAUCUUGAAGUGAAUGAGUGCCAACAAUGGGGCCCUGCGCUCAUGCAUGGGCUCUCUGUUUUUGUGCAUAUGUGUAAAUGUACAGCACGGCUGUUCACUCUGUUUUCACAAGGUUUUAUAUUUAGUGAGAAGGUAUAUAAUUAACAGUUUACAGUUUAUGAACAAAAUGACACGAGUUAUUUUUUUGAUUUAAGCUGCUUGCCAAGAAGACUGCAACAAUAUUGACAUAUGCCUUUGGUUUACUCAAACUGGUAGAAUAAACAGCAGAUGGAGCUGUAGUGAGUUGCUGAAUUCAUUUCCUGUAGCUAAUCUGACAGGAAAAUGGUGUCCCUAAAGCUUACUAUCUAGUUCCUACCUGAAGAUGUGUAAUUAGAAUUGAUUGCUUGAGACUUCAUUAAACUGUGAUGUCAAUGUGAUGUGUCACCAGGUAAUAUGCUGUAUGGUUAUGUCUUGUAGGUCCAUUCUAAAUAAAUAAAUGUAAACCUU